CAGCAGUUCCAAGAGCUCAGGGUAAGCCUCAGUCAGAGGUUGGUAUCAGAGACAGAAAGACAGAAUGCAGCAGGUUGUCGUACUGGCGCUCCUCUUGGGCCUCGUUUGCCUCCUCCAUGGAGUGCCCGUGCUUCCCGAACCUCUCUUCCCCACACAGGAGAACUUCGACCUGACUAAGUUCAUGGGGAAGUGGCAUGAUAUUGCGGUAGCGUCCACCUGCCCCUGGAUGCAGCGCCACAAGGGAGAUGCAGCCAUCGGAACCCUGGAGCUGCAGGCCAGCAGCACCGGAGACAAAGUCAGCAUGACAAGGAGCAUGACAAAGCACGGGACAUGUAAGCAGAUCUCUGGUGAUUACGAGCUGACCGACACACCUGGAAGAUUCACCUACCACAUCGCCAAGUGGGCGGCUGAUGUUGAUGCCUAUGUGGUUGACACUAACUAUGAUGAGUACGCCAUCGUCAUGUUGAGUAAACAAAAAACAGGAGGCGAGAAGACAAAGUCUGCCAAGCUAUACAGUCGCACCAUGGAACUGUCGCCCACUAUCCUGGAUGACUUCAGGAGGCUGGUGAGGGAGCAGGGCAUGGCUGACGACACAAUCAUCAUCAAACAGAACAAAGGGGAGUGUGUACCAGGAACAGAGCCUGUAGCAGCAGCACUGAGAGCCAAGAGGAACAUAGUCCUCCCUGAGUUGCCCGCUGAGGAGGGUUCUGGUGCCGGAAUCAUGAUGUUCAGGAGUAAAGAGUCCUGUAACGCCGAUCCGGACGCAGGUCCCUGUUUCGGGACCGUGCAGAGGUACUUCUACAACUCCACCAGUAUGGCCUGUCAGCUGUUCACCUACGGAGGCUGCAUGGGCAACCAGAACAACUUUGUGACCGAGAGGGAGUGUCUCCAGAGCUGUCGCAAUGAGGCUGCCUGUAGACUGCCCAUGGAUGCUCAGCCCUGCACUGGACAGCCCAAGAUCUGGGUCUUCCACUCAAACUCUGGUCUCUGUCUGGAUCAUGAAAAGGACUAUUGCCAGGUCAACAGUAACAAGUUCUACUCCAAGAGGGAGUGUGAGGAGUACUGUGGGGUGAUGAAGGAUCCAGGAGAAGGGGAGUUCCUCAAAACAAACUAAAGGAGAUGAGAACACAGAACGUACAGCACAGAUCAACCACUGAACGUACAGCACAGAUCAACCAAAGAUCAACCACUGAACGUACAGCACAGAUCAGAUCAAUAUGUUGAUCAACAGUAACACACUAUGGAUAUCAUACAUUACCAUAGAGCACAAUAAAAUGAUGGAUGAACCUG